CCUGACACCCUGGCCAUUAACUACUGAAUUUGCUGAGCUCACUGAAAUGGCAUAGACAAGGUCUGCCAUAAUGCUGCUGCUGCACAGAGCUGUGGCCCCAGGGCUCCAACAGGCCUACAGACUCAAGUCAACCCCGGCAAGGCUCUGCAUUCGGGCCUGCUGUACAAAUGAUUCUUUUCAGCCCCAGCGCUCCAGCUUCACCUUCUCUGGUGGUCACUCCAGCACCAGGAGAUGGAGAGUCAUGGGCACGCUGCUAGGCCUCGGGGCAGUGUUGGCCUGUCAUGACCAGCAGUGCAGGGCUUCUCAAGAGUCACCACGCAAAUAUACCAGGGAGGAAGUAAAAUCCCACUGCAGCCCUGAGACUGGGGUCUGGGUGACUUUGGGCUGUGAGGUCUUUGAUAUCACAGAAUUUGUGGACAUACACCCAGGGGGGGCAUCAAAGCUGAUGCUAGCAGCCGGGGGUCCUUUAGAGCCCUUCUGGGCCCUCUAUGCUGUUCACAACCAGCCGCACGUGCGAGAGAUACUAGCUCAGUACAAGAUUGGGGAGCUGAGCCCUGACGACAAGGCACCCUCCAUCUUGAAGACUUCUGAUCCUUAUGUGGAUGAUCCUAUACGUCACUCAGCCCUGAAGGUCAACACCCAGUGCCCCUUUAAUGCGGAGCCCCCUGCUGAGCUGCUGACAGAAAACUACAUCACACCCAACCCUAUCUUCUUCACCCGGAAUCAUUUACCUGUACCUAACGUGGACCCAGACACCUAUCGCCUGAAUGUAGUAGGGCCACCAGGGGGUCAGUCACUGUGCCUGUCCCUGGAUGACUUGUACCAGUUCCCUAAGCACGAGAUUACAGUCACUCUGCAGUGUGCUGGCAACCGGCGCUCCGAGAUGACUCAGUUCAAAGAAGUAAGAGGUCUGGAGUGGAGUUUAGGGGCCAUUAGCACUGCGCGCUGGGCUGGGGCACGGCUUUGUGAUGUGUUAGCCCAGGCUGGUCACCAGCUCUGUGAAACUGAGGCCCAUGUCUGCUUUGAGGGACUGGACUCAGACCCCACAGGGACUGCCUAUGGAGCGUCCAUCCCUCUCGCUCGGGCCAUGGACCCUGAAGCUGAGGUCCUGCUGGCAUAUGAGAUGAAUGGGCAGCCUCUGCCUCGUGACCAUGGCUUUCCUGUGCGAGUGGUGGUUCCUGGUGUGGUGGGUGCCCGCCAUGUCAAAUGGCUGGGCAAAGUGAGUGUGGAACCAGAGGAAAGUUUCAGCCACUGGCAGCGGCGGGAUUACAAAGGCUUUUCUCCAUCUGUGGACUGGGACACUGUAGAUUUUGAUUCGGCUCCAUCUAUCCAAGAACUUCCUAUCCAGUCAGCCAUCACACAACCCAAAGAAGGGGAGACAAUAGGGUCAGGGGAGGUGACUGUCAAAGGCUAUGCAUGGAGUGGUGGAGGAAGAGCUGUGGUCAGGGUGGAUGUGUCUCUGGAUGGGGGCCUAACCUGGCAAGUGGCUGAGCUGGAAGGAGAGGAGCAGCGUGCCCGAAAGGCCUGGGCCUGGCGACUAUGGCAUCUGCAAGCCCCUUUGCCAGCUGGGAUAAAGGAACUGAACAUUGUCUGUAAGGCUGUAGAUGAGAGCUACAAUGUGCAGCCAGACACGGUGGCCCCAAUCUGGAACCUGCGAGGGGUGCUCAACAAUGCCUGGCACCGUGUCCAUGUCCAUGUUGCCCCAUGAGAAGGUGAAACAGAACCACAUUCUGAGCCUCUUUCCAUACCCAUUCUUUGGCCUCAUUACCACAAAAAAUCUUUUCCCUCCACCUCCUCUCCAUGUCUUGGAUCACAAUCCUGACUAUGCAUUCUGAAGCCACACACAAAUACAUUCCUCACACAUUUCCACCUAGGCACUCAUUCCUCCUUGGACACUAUGUUAUAGUCACAGGCCACUGACCCUGUGCCAGAAGGUAAGAGCUAUUGGAGCAAAGGGCUAGAAACAGGAAAAGUAAUUCUGGAAAUAAGCACUGUUUUCUCUAUCUACCCUAUCUCCAUUUCUAAUGACUGUCACCAUUGAGGCCUUAUUUUGCCUUUGUCCUUGGGAUUCUUCAGAGAACAUGUGUACAUGUAACUUUUUACUGCCUCUAGGUUGCCAAGGGUUGUGAAGAGCACAACACAACCCUCUCCCU